AUGCAAAAGCACAGAAUUUCCACUGUGGGAAAGCACAAACUAGAUUGGGUGCCUACUGAUACCAGCGAAAGAUUCAGUUCUUCUCUUUUCCCCUGGUUUAACCCUAGAUCUAUUUCCCCUCUAAUAUUCUCCACUGUUGCUGGAUUUCGAUUGUUUUCUCCAGGAUUCAGUUCUUCUCUUUUCCCCUGGUUUAACCCUAGAUCUAUUUCCCCUCUAAUAUUCUCCACUGUUGCUGGAUUUCGAUUGUUUUCUCCAGGAUUCAGAUCAAAGAUGUCAAAUUUUAAAAACCCUGUGGAUCCAACAUGCUGGAAACAAAAAGGGAAACGUCAAUGCUCUGAAGAAAGAGGCAUCCAAAUUAAACAAAGACGUCGCGAAAUGUAUAGGGCAAGGUCGGCUGAUAAAAGAGAACUAAAUUUACUGGAGCGCCGAACGACAUACCUUCAUUCUAGAAAGCAGAAUCCAACCAGUGAUUCCACUGAAGUAUCAGCUUGCUACCAAUUUAAUAGAGAAUUAGCGAAGCAGAGAGCUGCACUAACAGGAGCCUCAUCUUCUACCUUGAGAACAGGUUCUACCUUGAGAACAGUUAAUGAUUCCACUUUUUCUGAUAAUGGGAAAGAUGUACAUGAUCGUUCUCCCGUUUUUGAAGUUGGAAAUUCUGAGGAGUCCAAACAUUUUCGUACUUAUGUUAGAUUGUAUAACAAUAUGUUUGUAUUUACUUCUCUUGGAGUGAAUUAUGAUAGAGAUUUAGCAAGAAGAAAUUGUGGUAUUUAUACGUUUAGAGUUCAAGGGAAAAUGUAUCAUUUCAUAAAUGACCUCCUGCCUUCAAGUCAAGCAGCAAAAAAUCUACAGUUAUAUUUCUAUGAUACUGAUAAUGAACUAGCAAAUCGGAUGGCAUUCUCUGACAAGCUUAAUGAAUCGGUUAUCAGGACUUUGAUGGACACAUUAAAAGUUAAUCCAUACUCUAUCUUUUUGAAAUCUUUAACAGAUAUUCCAGAAUUAUCAAACUUCUACAUUGCGCUUAAGUCCGACUCUGGUUUAGAUCAAAGAACAUAUAACUUACCGACAUCAUCUGAAGUAGCAGCAAUAUGGAUAGAAGAUGAAAGUAGUUCCAAUAUUUCUCUACCACAUAUUCGAAUUUAUACACAUAGUAGUAAAAGCCAAUUGGUAAAUUACUACUAUGGUUGUUAUGAUCCAUUGCAGUAUCCAUUACUAUUUCCUUAUGGACAAAACGGAUGGCAUUGUGGUAUUAAAAAAAUUAUUCGAACGAAUAAUACUAUUAGCCAUGGAACUUAUUGUGAAAAUGAACAGCUACCAAGUGUAGAAAACAUGUGUUCAGUCGACAUGCUACUUGACAUGGAAGCAGAACUUCUGGAAAAAAAGAAAAGAAAAAGAAAUACUGUGUCAUGCCGUGAGUAUUAUUGUUACAAGCUUCAAAUGAGGGACGAUGAAGAAAAUGGGGUUUUACAUGCCGGAAGAGUAUUCCAACAAUACUCAGUUGACGAAUUCAUCAAGCUUGAGACUCAAAGGUUAGAUUUCUAUUCAUUUAAUCAAGAUUUAUUUAGAAUUGAUGCGUUAGCGGGGAUUCUUGAUGUUCUAAGACACGGAGAGAGAGAGCCAUGCAACAUUGGCAGACAAAGUUUUCUUCCUGCAAGUUUUAUAGGAGGUCCUAGGGAUAUGCGCCGACGAUAUAUGGACGCUAUUGCGUUGGUGCAAAAUUUUGGGAAACCUGAUAUAUUUUUGACAAUGACAUGUAAUCCAUCUUGGCCAGAAAUAGAAAAACAUUUAUUGGUAACAGAUGAGGUACAAAAUAGGCCCGAUUUAGUUAGUCGUGUGUUUAGAGCAAAGGUAGAAGAGAUGAAAACAGAUAUUCUAAAGAGUAAUAUAUUUGGAAAAGUUGUUGCUUUUAUGUACACUAUUGAAUUUCAAAAGCGUGGUCUUCCACAUGCUCAUUUUCUUAUCAUACUCAAAGACGAAUAUAAAUUGUUAACUCCGGAAGCUUAUGAUAGAGUUGUUUGUGCUGAAAUACCCGAUUCUGAUAAGAAUGAUUACCUGUUUUCAGUUGUUACUAAACAUAUGAUGCACGGACCUUGUGGUAGUUUAAAUCCUAAAUGUCCUUGUAUGAAGAACCGAGAAUACUGUAAGUUCAAAUAUCCAAAAGAUUUUGCUGAUCAUACAUCAAAAGGAAAAAAUGGAUACCCAAUUUACAAAAGGCGAAAUAACGGUAAACGUGUAAAUAUUAGAGGACAAUUUCUUGACAAUUCGUGGGUGGUUCCUUACAAUCCAUAUCUACUGAGCAAAUUUAACUGUCAUAUUAAUGUUGAAGUUUGUUCUGAUAUUAAAGUUGUCAAAUACCUUUAUAAAUAUAUCUGCAAGGGACAUGAUAAAAUUGCCUUUUUCGUACAUGCUGAUGAUCCAAAUAUUGAAAUAGAUGAAAUCAAAGAGUAUCAAUCUGCUAGAUGGGUAUCUCCACCAGAGGCAACUUGGCGUUUAUUUGGUUUUCCCAUUAGCGAAAUGACUCCAUCUGUUUAUCAUCUUCAGCUACAUCUUGAAGGACAACAAUUUGUCUCUUUUAAAGCCACACAGACCAUAAAUGCAAUUAUAAAUAAUCCCAUGAUUAGAAAAACAAUGUUGACGGAAUUCUUUUUGAUGAACAGAGAAAAUAAAGAUGCCAAGAAACUAAAUUUACUCUAUAAAGAAUUUCCAGAAUAUUUUGUAUGGUCCAAACAAUAUAAAAUGUGGACACGUCGACAACAGGGCACUGUUAUUGGACUACAUUUAGAGAAGCCGCAGAAAAACAAGGAUUAUUACAAUGUGAUAAUAACUUGGUUGACUGUAUGUCAGAAGCUGUAA